CGUUAUGUGAUACAAUACUUUCAUUUGAAAGGUCUUAGUCCAACCAAUAUCAAAGCCGAGCUGGAUUCUACUCUGGAGGAGUCUGCUCCUUCGUUUACAACAGUAAAAUAUUGGGUGGCAGAGUUUAAACGAGGCCAUACGAGUUGCGAAGACGAACAUCGCAGUGGUCGACCAAGUGAGGCCAUUCCAGAAAUGGUGAAGAAAAUCCACAAAAUGGUAUUGGGUGACCGUCAAUUGAAAGUGCGCGAGCUAGCAGAUAUGAUAAACAUUUCAAAAAGUGCUGUACAUCGCAUAUUGGCUGAAAAUUUGGAGAUGAGAAAGCUGUGCGCAAGGUGGGUGCCGCGCUUGCUCACAGUCGAACAAAAGCAGCGCCGAGAGGAUGUUCCAAUCGAAUGUUUGGCGAUGAUUCGCAGCAACAAAGCCGAAUUUUUGCGCCGAUUCAUAACCAUGGAUGAAACAUGGGUCCACCACUUCACACCUGAAACGAAGGAACAAUCGAAGCAAUGGACUGAAAAGGGGGAAUUGGCUUCGAAGAAAGCAAAAACAGUUCUAUCGGCAGGCAAGGUCAUGGCGUCAGUUUUCUGGGAUGCGCGUGGCAUAAUUUUCAUUGAUUAUCUUCAGAAAGGAAGAACAAUCAAUGGCGAGUAUUAUGCGAACUUAUUGCAGCGUUUGGGUGAUGAAAUCAAGGAAAAACGGCCACAUUUGGCAAAAAAGAAAGUGUUGUUUCAUCAAAACAAUGCACCAGUUCACACAUCCAUUAUCGCGAUGGCCAAAAUCAAUGAGUUAAAAACAAUGGUGAUGAAUAAAAACAACGGCGGAUUUCCACUUCAAUCAAUGGGAAUUAAAUCAUGGUUUCCACAUAAAGAUUCUACUGAAGAUCCGGGUGAAAGGCAAGCAAAAGAUAGCCACAGUUUUCUCGCACCAGAAAGGAGCAAUAGGAGAAGAAGGAAGGGUGACAGCGGACCUAACCUCAAAAAGCGCCGAAACACGGGUACAGAGAAGGAGUAA